AUGGCGGAACUUCCUCCGGGUCAAGGUUUCGAGAGUCAUGGAUCUCCCAAAUACAAAUGCUACUAUUGUAAUAGGGGAUGGGGAAGCGCCAAAGAUGUUAUUACGCAUACAAUACAAUAUCAUGAGGCAGAGCCGCUACGCGUUCAAAGGCAAGUACUCCAUGAAACACGAGGGUCACAUGUAUACAAAUCGCACCAUUUUGGUGUUACAUGCAGGCAAAUAAAGACUUGGCAGGAUGAGGGCCAUCGCAUACAAGUAGACUCUAAUUUGAACCUCAAAGUAAAGAGAAUCGUCGAUGACACAGGCCACGAGAGAGUUGCAAAUACAGACAAUGUGGAUUUGACCGACAAUGAAGGCCACCAGAGAGUUGCAAAUACAGACAGUGUGGAUUUGACCGACAAUGAAGGCCAUCAGAGAGUUACAGUUGCAAAUACAGACAGCGUGGAUUUGACCGACAAUGGAGAAAACUUGAGUGAUUCCGAACUAGAGGAUUCCACGAACAGCAUAUCAGAAACUGAGCUGUAUGAUAUUAUGGUGAAGGUGUUGGAUAUAAUGCGAGAUAUGGAUCGAGACGAAGACUUUGUAUCAGUUCUUAAGUCUAUCGUUUCUGGAAAAUUGGAUACCAAUAUUUGUUUACAUCUUCUUCUUGAUAUCGGGCAGUAUCUGAGGUCACACAAAAGCAGAAUGCGAUACAGUGAGAAGUCUUUACAGUUUUGGAUAACAGUGCAGAAACUUUUCAAGGGCAAGGGAAUACGAUUUUUCAGAGGCUUCACAGAAGGAGAGGAAUCUGAAGAUGAUGUGUUCGGGAAGAACUUCGCCGUCCCGUCGGAUAGAAUUAUAGAGGAGAAAUCUGCUAGGUUUAAGGAUAUUAUGGAAACACCGGGGUUAUGUAAGGACGUCAUAAAAGAAUUUGCAAACGUUCACAAAGGCGAGGACAUAAAAAUAUCAAUUGAUGGGAAAAAAAUUGCCAUUGGAUUUGGCAAAAAACUCGGUGAUGAGGACUUAAAUGGUAAUGAACCCCAACCUACUCUUAAAGCACGACAAAAUCGUUUGAAAGAGGAAGUUCAACUUAUUGAGAGCUUAAAAGAGAUUACGCAAGAGAUGAUGACAGAUGAUGUGGAAGUUACAAGCUUAACUCGUAACCAACGUGACUCCCUACGUGAGCAACUUUUGAAAGUUAUCCAUAUAAUUAGUGACCGGAUUCGAGAAAUGAGGUGUUUGCUACAGAAACGAAGGCUGGCCGUUGAAAUGCUAAUGAAAAAGGUGGAAGGCCCAUGGAGAGAGAGCAAACUGGCACCAUCCAUAAGCUUCUUCCAAACACAAGUCAUUCAGACCAAGUCCAUUAUUGAAAAAAGUUUAAGCAGUGUAGACGAAAUUGGGUAUUGCGUUAGCAUGCUAAACGGUGCCGAAAGUUCGUAUAUUUUAGGAUUGAACAAUGUGGUUCACCUAGAUUGUAAAGAAAAUUACAUUUGUCUGAAAAACGCCAAAAGCAAUGAUCUUCACAUAGAUGAAAAAGUGUCAAAUUCAGAAAUUAUAAAACAAAGAUCGGACGCUUGGUUUGAAAUGAGAAAAACUGCACAGCUGACUGGGAGCACGAUGUUCCGUGGGCUUGGAUUCCAAAAUAAAUCAGAGAUGCAGCAACAUUUCGAUACAGUCGUGAAAGGAAAGGCCAAAAAAGUAACUGAACUACAAAAAAGCAAUAUGCAGCAUGGAAGUGAUAGCGAAAUACAUGCUGUGGCAACUCUCGUAAGCAAGAUCCUACCAGUGUAUUAUCCUUCAAUGGUGUUUCGUGAAGAUGGAUGCAAGGUGUUACAAGUCACUGAUUGUUUGCGAAUAGUCGUUAGUGGUGAUGGCAGUUUGGUGGAAGUUGACAGCAACAAAAAUCACAAUGUCAAGGUUCAAGUAGAGUUCAAAUGUCCUGUCCCUGGCAAAAAAUUUCAAACACCCGUCUACUAUAAUAUACCCCUCUAUUAUUCAACCCAACUGCUCUCUGAAGCUGUGGCAUAUGGAUGUCCAUCUUUCAUCAACCUUUGUUGGACGGAUGAAAGCUCUACAUAUUUUGAAGGUCAACCGGAUAACGACACUUGGGAAAAUGUUCUCGAAAUUGGAAGAGAGAUUUAUGAUCACAGAAGUCCUUCAAAGCCAAAGCAAAUACCCGAGAAGGUUCCUCAAGUCAGAGAGAAGCUUAAAGAUAUAAUGGAAAAUACACAGUUUCUAGCGGAAUUUCCAUCAGUGAAAGGAAUACCAUGUUCAUGUAAUGACGUCGAGUCUCUAGACGAAAGUUCUGCCCGCGGGUAUCAUAAUAGUAGGACACAUAUCAACGAGCCACGAGCGAAGUCUUUGGAACAUUUUGUUACCACAUUGGUGAAAGCUGAAGAUGUGAAUCGGGAAGCAUACGAUAUAUUAAGGAGACCGGCAAAGGAAGUGAUUAUUCCAGCGAUCUCGACUUUAGAGCGGACAAAAUCAUCGGAAGAGAGAGACCAUGCUGCUAUUACAGGAUUUUAUCUAGGUGGCUUUAGCUUACCAAAUACUUCAAUGCGAGGUAUAAUCAAAGACACAGGUAUUGCCUGUCAAAACGAGAAUUUGAAAUUGAAAGUAGUUUCAUUUGACGGGCAGUUCAUCGAAAUUGCCACGUGUGAUGAUAAUGGCAAAGCAUUAACAGUGUGCAAACUUCACAAACAAAUAUGGAAGAAAACUGAACGUCUCAAAAGAGUAGAGAAGAUGAAAACUAUUAUGAAAUGGGCCCUUUGUGACGUACCAUCGAUUAAAUCUGUUCAUGAUCUGAAAGACACGUUUAGCAUAGAUUUUGUAGAGAAACGAGCAACUAUAAGUUUGAAGUGUGGUUACAAAGAAAUGUAUACAGGAAAAGAUAUAGCAGCAAAAUUAAAAGCAUGUCAGAAACAAAUGGAGAAACAACCUCAAGAAAACACUAACGAUGAUAGUUCAACCUGUGAGGAAGAUCAAAUACUACACCAUCUACCUAACCACAUAGUUGAACAUUUAGAUGCAGCUACACUAAAAGCAAUUCAAGAGGUGAACAUGCAAAUAGCACUAUUAGCAAAACAAUCGGGUGGAAUGAAUUUAAAUCAAGAAAACACUGAUGAUGACAAAGAUAUUAACAAAAAUCAGCAAGAUUCUACAAAUAGCCAAGGAGAAAGAGAAAGCACAAAUAUCCAGGAAGGAAUAAAUAGAAAUCCGCAAGCUUCUGAAAAAGGUCGCAAUCAAAGAGACGGAGACCAGCAUGAAUACUCGUCUGUCCAGGAAGAACAAGACAUGGAGCAAUAUGAUCAAGCCGGUGGCUACAGAGACAAAAACAUGGAUAACACCGAAAAUGAAAUCACAAACAGGUCACAAGACUAUCAAGCUUUGUUAUGUGGACUUAUAGCAGCUGAUCCAGAUGAAAACAGCAAAUGGAACACAGUUUCCGAAGGUGAUUUCAAAUUAAAACUAUCAGAUGCAGAUACAAUUGCAAAAUCUUUCACAGUAAAUGAUCUUCUAAACAUUCUUAGACUAGUCGACGAGCAAACACACAAAAAACUGCGUAAUGCCAGAAAGCCAGAUCUAGUAAAUUAUGUCAGUCAUAAGUUUGGUGAUUCCUCAAGGAUGCCAGAAACUGCAAGGAGCCUAAAGAAAAUUGCAAGGGAUGUAAUAGCAAAAUGGCCGUCAACUGUCAUAAAUAUUAUUUAUGCCACAAACAUAUUCAAGGAUGAAUAUAUAGAAUGGGAAAGUAACAAUGCAUUUAAUGAAAGGACACGCAUAGUUGUGGGUGAAACAUCGUAUGAUAUACCAUAUUGGUACGCCCAGCCAGCACGUAUUGAAGGUUUAGACAAUGAAGUGAUGUUCAUCAUCGACCCUCACCAUAUAUUUGUCAACAAUCGUUCUCGCGUAUGCUCAAAGGGCAUGCUAGGGAUGGGCAUUAAAUCCACUGCGUGGAUUGAUAUUGCCGAGAACUGCAAAGAAAACGGGACCGGUCUUACAACUGAACACGUGGUAGAGUUGAGAGACAAACAAAGGAAUAGUUUCGCACAAAUUACAUUCAGCAAGAAGGUUCAAGAAGAAAUGGAAAGAAAGGGGUUCAAAACGGAAGCAAAUUGGUGCCGACUAAUACGUAACUUCUAUCGCGCAGUUGAUGAAUCUGGAAUAGCUGUAGAGGAGAGAAUACAGUCGUUAUUUGAAAUGCGAUCGUUUCUACUCGGGUGGUUCGCAUUAGCGGAUUUCCCACCUCCAGGUGGAUUUGUACAUGGAAUGCCAGUGACGCAAUUUGAGGGGCUCCUUACUAACAUAGACCGAAGGCUACAGCUGUAUUCUCUUGCCAGUAAACAUACCUACAAUCACCGAGCACUCAGCACCCUCGACUCAGAAAACAUAUUUGGAGCGUUCCAGGAUUACGAUCCGAAAGGAACCGGGGUUCUACGUGCUGAUGAUAUCCCAAAUGCUCUUGGAUCUGCUGUUUGUCUCUUUAGCACAAGAUUAAACAAAAAUCGUGGAUUUAAGAUGAACACCACAAAAAGACCAAAAGUGUACAGCGAUCAUGCGCUAGAUGAAAGGGCCGAUGUACAGGAUACUGUUAAUGGCUGUAAAGACACAUCCGAAUUAAAGGACGGGACUAAGGAAAUUGUGAUAAAUCAACAUCAAUUUGACACUAAGGCCAGGCGUACCAGCAACCCUAAACGUAGUUCAGGUCUACUAAAUGCUUACGGAGCUACGGCAAGCGGGGCUCAAGGCGUCAGGGUGCAUCACAGAUUCAACCAAGAGAUGGUUUAUGCCCACAGACGGUCAUUAAUUAAGGAUUCUCAAAUAGAUAACGAUUUGGACAGUAUAAGAAACAGUUUACAUUGA